UAUGGAUGAGAGCAAGAGUGUAUUACAAUUACAGUUGUACUUUAUAUUAAUCUAUUUUUCUAAACUUCGCUACAGGCAGAUAAAUACUUUUUAAUAUUCGAAGUUCGGAUAUUUCGCUCGACCUAUAGCAAACUUUUAAUUUUAUCCGUAUCUGAACGUUUUUUCUGAUCGACAUUGUAUAGUCAAUAAUACUUAUUAGAAAUUCAUAAAUCAUCUCAUAAUCAUAGAUAUGAAUAAAUUGUUUCGAUUGAGCGUAUAUAGAAGGCACGUACUGCUAUUGAACAAAACCACAUCUUUAUUUUUUUUCCGUUUACGGGACAAACGGGAUUUUUCGGGAUAAUUCGAAAAAAUUCGGGACAGGACAAACGGGAUUCGGGACUAUUUAAAAAAAUUCGGGACGGGACAAACGGGAUUCGGGACAUAGAAAAGUUUGUCCCGCAGAUCUCUAAGUUUAACAUAUCUAUAUUAUGAUCCAUGAAGUGUCGAUGACAGAUAAAUGUGUGAAUGACCAACAUAAUGUAAUGAAUACAUAAUUCAAGUUAUCUGAUAAGAUAAAGCUGGAGAAGUAAUGAAGAUAAUCUUUUCUUUCAUCAGUAACUAUGAUAGUUCUUAUCAAAGUUCUUAGACACCUUGAAAACUUCAAUUUAUCAAACCUUGUGUACUUCUGUACUUGUAAGCGAAUAAAAAUAUAGUUACAACACAAAAAAAACAAAAGUUGAUCGUAAUAAACGCUUAUCUUCAAAUGUUUGCCUCGCGAAACAGACUAGAAGUUCAGUGGACUACUAUUCUAUAAGAGAGUAAGAAUUUCAUAUUUAUCUUUUCUUUUACUAUUAUAUCAAGUGAAAAAGUUCACAUUUGACACUAUCUAUCAUACAUUUUAAAAUAUUACAAGAUAAUUCAAGUUGAAGAUGUAUAAUUGAAAUGUUAUAUUUUAUAAAACUUAUUUUUUUGAUUACUAAUUAAUGAUUUUUUUUCUCUUUUGAUUGAAUAUAUAACAGAAAAAAUAGAAAAAUCAUUUUCAUAUUAUUUAUAUAUUAGGACCUCGUGUUUAUAAUGGUUAUAUCGAUUAUAUCCCUUAUGAUGCAACUGAUGAUACCGGUCAAACAAAUCAGAUUACAUCAGAUACAACAACGACUAAACUUCAUCAACAUCUUUUACCGCUCAAUGAACCUAUACCAACUGAUUCAACGACAAGUAAAUGGCGCCGUAUUGAUGGUCCAUUUGCUCAUGUACUUAUUACAUCAAAAGCUGCUAUAUCAAAAGAUUCUAUAUCAACUCCACAAUCAACAUUAGCUGACGGUUAUUUAACAUUACAAUUUAUGCGUAUUGGUGGUUCAACACGUUUAAACUUAGCUAAAGCAUUUACAAAAUUAUCCGAUGGAAAACAUUUAAAUUAUGAUUUUAUUGAAUGGAUGCCAAUACGUGCAUUUCGAAUAGUACCAUCGGGAACAAAUGGAAAUAUGAUGAUUGAUGGAGAAAAAGUUCCUUACGGUCCUAUUCAAGGUGAAGUUUUGCCAAGUAUUGCUCGAUGUAUGGGUAAACAACCAAAAAAUGAUCAAAAUGGAUAA